AUGGAAAUAUUCGGUCGUCAACCGGUUCUCAGUCGUAAUUCAAAAUCCUAUAUAAAGCUCGGUUGGGUUCGAAGUGUCAGAGAUGCGGAGCCGUUGGACACUGAAGAGUCCAUAAGGAGAUACGUGAGAUGUCAGAUUUUCUGUCUGUUAGGGUCGACUCUAUUCACAGAUAAGUCGACCGCAUAUGCCCAUGCGAAGUAUCUACCAUUGCUUCGCGAUUUCGAGCGGAUCCAUACUUAUAGUUGGGGUUCAGCAUGUCUGGCUCAUCUUUACCGAGCACUAUGCCGUGCAUCACGAUAUGAUACGAAGGAGAUGGAUGGUCCUCUUAACCUGUUGUUUGUUUGGGCAUGGGAGCGAAUGCCGUGUAUUUCGCCCGUACCGAGGCAUAUCCUUCCACCUGCUGAGAUACCAGUUGCCAUGAGGUGGAGUCAUGCGGAGCGGAGUACAGCGUGGUUGGAGAAGACUGUUGUGACAUUUAGGGUUGAUAUAGACUACAUGCAGGAGGUAACUAUUUAUGGUUUUAAUGAAUGCUAG